GCAUACCAACAUCGUGUGCUGCUGCGGUGCUGGCGUGCUGCCUUUCCGAAAUGAGCGCGAACCAGAGGCCGAGACCCAACCCGCAGAGUGAUGACUCAGAGUCAGGCGACUCGGGGAUCCUAAACGAGCGGAUUCUCGUUUUGGUUUUCGAGUCGAUCAAUUGGGAUCCCCAUGUGCUGUGUCUAACGGCUUGCGUGAACCGGAAGCUUCGUGCGAUUGCGAAGAGGCUGUUAUGGAGGAAGCUAUGCGUAUCGAGAGCGCCGCGCAUGAUAGCAGCAUUGGUGAACGGUGCGCCCAACGGCCGAGUCGGGGGCGGGUGGAACGCGCUGGCCAAACUCCUGUUCUUCUGUUGUGGAUGCGACCCCACUCGAAACUUCUGGGUCAACCGAGCUUCGCCGGGCCACUUCGUGAAGGCGACUCGGUUCUCGAAAACGUCGGGCCGGAGUUUCCUAACGAAGAAGUGCCGAGGCGACCUGUUGUACGUGAGCGAUCCCUGUGAACACCCGAUGGGGGACAACGAGGAGGAUUUGGGUGUUUACAGAGGGGUAUUUAGGGGAUUUACGAAGUCGAAGACGAGAGCUUACUUGAUCAGACGGCAGGUGGAGCUGGAAGAGAGGAUCCGGUGUCCUUACUGCGGGGCCCGCGUGUGGAGCAUGACAGCGGCUAAGCUUGUGCCCAAGAGCGCGUCGAGGAGGCUUGGAUCGCACGAGGGUAGACUAGAGUAUUUCGUUUGUCUGAACGGGCAUUUGUAUGGAACGUGUUGGCUAGCACGGCUAUCGUCCGAUGACGAAGACGAUGACUAUGAUGAGGAUGAUGAGGACGAUGAGGACGAGUAUUAUGGCAACGAUGCGGUCCAUACGAAGGGUGGCCAUGAUCCGGUGGAUGAGACUCAUGAGAGCUAGGGAUAAUUCAGUGCUAAUGGGACCACAAUAUUUGCUUUGCUAAUAUAACGAAGACGUGUUUCGGUGUACCAGGGCAAUGAUAUUUGAAUCUGACGUGGCCAACUUUUUUUUUUCUGCCUUAUUUUCCCAUGUCCAUUUUUAGUCUUUACCACUUGUUUUGGACUGAACUGAGAGACCCAUAUUUGGGUUGUAGGAGUUUUUCAUUUUGGGUACCCUUUCAUUUUUUGUUCAUGUAUACGGUUUUAUUAGAAAACGUUUUCUCUUUUCAAUGUUAUGUCAGCGUACUAUAGAUGUUUUUCAGUGUUA